AUGUCUUAUUACUUUCUGUGCUUCUUGUUUCUGAGUUCUCUAACCAACGUUUCUGGCGAAGAGCCAUAUAUGAUACGUAUUCUUGGAAAGCCAGGAAAAGUUAAAACCUCAGAAGCUAUGAAUAUUUCUUGGAUGGAUUGUUUGACGAAAUGUAGACUGGAUGUUGAUUGUUCGGCGGUUUACAAAUUGUCUGAUGUUCAAUGCCAGUAUUUUUCAUUUGGAAGUAUUUCUACUCUCCAAAAAGCUGAUUUUCAAAAUGAUGAAAUUGCAGUGAAGAUCCAAAUAUCACAGGACCAGUGCCCAACUUCUAAUCCUCUGAUUCCCGGACCCAAUUAUUAUACUCAAAUCAUCAAUGGCCAAUUUUACAUGUCUUCGGUGUCUCCAUAUUCUCUCUCCAACAAUAUCUACAACCUUACCUAUAGUGUGGCUACAUGUCCAAAUAACACAAAGCUGUUCCAGAGAGGAGAGACUACUAAAGUGUGUAUUGGUCUUUUCUUUUUCGAAGAUCCUCGUUGUAAUAAUCAAGCCGCCGCAUCUGCACUUUGUAAAGCACAGAAUGGGACACUUACUGGUCCAGCGAAUGCGAAUGAGUAUGAGUAUAUACAAGAUAUAUCCAACUCCUCCAAAUACUCCUCUAACCCAGACUCCUACGAAUACGUGACUUAUUGGUUAGACGGUGCUGGUACCAACACAGCGUACACAUUUGAAGACACUACCCACGACGGUACUACCAAUUACCAGUGGGCUGAAGGCGUAACACGAUCUAAAGGAGCUGGCCAAUGCCUACAUAAUCCAAAUCCGCUCUAUUUCAAUAUUUCGGAAUAUCCAUGUACAGCUACUUUCUUGACUAAAGCUGUUUGCUGGAGAGGCGCGUUGUGUCAAGUUCCACCGAUAAUUGAAACGUAUUAA